UGUCUAAAGAGUCUAAACGAAAUCAACAAGAUGAAGUCGUCAAUCAAGAAUUUCCUUUGUCCAUACAAAUCGGAGCAUUUUUGGAGCACUUCCGGGGCAUAUGUCAUUUACGUUAUCCCCACAGCAAAAGAAAAAAAAAAGCUUAACUUCUGUUAUGCCGCUUUUUAGUCAUUUCCACCUUUGAUUCCUUUUCAGAUUGACUCCUGAAGAUCUCCAUAGAAGCACGUUAUAGAAGGUGUGGUAUGUCUCCUGACUCUUCUACCAUACCUUCGACAAAUCUAAAUCCUAAUUGGAGGUCAUCAUGCCUCUAACCUACGAGCAAUACACCGCAGUUGAUCUCACAGAGCGAAUUACGUCAGCUGUUUCCAUCGUUGGUAAUUUGUUCAUUAUUCUAACAUUCUUUUUUUCUUCAUCCUUCGACAAACCAAUUAAUCGCCUCAUAUUCUUCGCAUCAUGGGGAAAUAUUGGCUCAAGUAUCUCUUGUAUGAUCUCUGACCUUGGCCCGGCGUCGUUGAUGGAAAGAUCAAAGUUUAAUGCAUCCGGAAUAUGCCAAGUCCAAGCCUUCUUGGUUCAAAUGUUCCGUGGAGUUGAUUGUUACUGGGCAUUCUUCAUGGCCAUCAACGUAUAUCUAGUUUUUUUUCGAGGAUAUACCACACACCAAUUGAGAAAAUUGGAUAUUUGGUACCUGCUUGCAUGCUAUGGGCUCUCCUUCAUACCUGCUUUCGUCUUCUUAUUCGUGUCAACAAAAGAACGAGGUCAUGUCUAUGGAUCAGCCAUUGUUUGGUGCUGGAUCAGCGAAGAAUGGGAUUGGAUGCGCUUGGUUUUCUUGUAUGGUAUUGUCUGGUAAGUACUUCCGGCUUUAGCUUCCAUUAUUUUUCUCAUAUUUGAUCAAGUCCACUAAUGCCCUGUUCAAAGGAUCACCAUUCUCUUCGCUUUCAUCGUAUACUUCAUGGCAGCGAAAGUAAUCUGGUCUAAGCGUGAACAUCUAAAUGGUUUCCUCAACCCCCUGAAUGAGACCCCAUUCGCAAACACAAUCACUACCGAAAUCGAAAUAAUCUAUGAAGAACGAUCAAUUGUCAAGGAUGCGAGCGAUCAAGGCAUUUCCGAGAAUGUUUUGCCCUGCGACCAAUAUGUAGUUGACAUCCAAGCGACGCCUCAACAACAAUAUCAACAACAAGACACUCAAGUUUAUCAGAUGCGGAGAAUGCGAAGUUUGACCAGAGAGGUUGCACAGUCUGAAACCAACCCCGAAGCCUGGCUGUAUGCACGGGUGGCUAUUCUUUUCUUCAUUGCUAUGAUUAUCACAUGGGUUCCCGCGAGUGUCAACAGAAUCUGGCAAAUGGCCGAUCCAUCGGCCAUCAACUUUUCAUUGAACUAUAUUGAAUCAUUGAUGUUGUCGUUGCAGGGUGUUUGGAACGUGAUCGUGUAUGUCAUAACAUCUCAGACUGCUUGUCAAAGGUUAGCAUAUCAAUUGUUUCCGAGAAGUUCAAGGAAGAAGACGAGGUUGCCCAGCGGGAGUCCUGAGAGGUAUCCAUCAGGUGGAAAGCAAAGGCUUGAGAGUGUGGCUAGUAAAUAAUCGGAAUUUGAGUGUUAGGUUGCCACAAUCAUCAAUUGCAU